AGCACCAGUUUCAAUAAUACUAACCACAAAUAUACUAGAUAAAUUACUAGGAAAGUACCAAAACAACUUUAUCUACCAAGUCUGGCAACGCCAUCGAUUCACAGUGUUUUGACAGUUGGGCAAACACGUCGGUUUGAUUGAAAAUGCAGUUCCAGCGUUUACGGCGUUUCUUUUGUCCAACGGCUUUGGUGUUGAUUGUCGUGUGUCUUGUGUUGUUUUUUAUGCUUGAAAUUUAUCUGUUGGCUCUAGGUCCCACUGGACGAGACGUUGUGUUAUAUAUACAGCCUCCGUACACAGAGAGAGUUACUGAAUACGAUGUUGGAUCUCGGAACCAGACGCGGGACAACCUGACAAUCGCUCAUCAACUGAAUCUAAAGGUUCGCGUGCAUUGCUUGCUUCAUUUAACGAAUAAUCAUGAGCGUCUCAAGGCGCAGCACAUUUUGCAAACGUGGGGAGCUCGAUGCAAUCGCAUGCACAUUAGCCAGGGGAAAGCACUCGAUCGGAUCCAUCUAUCAAAUCAUCUACGCGGAGCAUUACCUGGAUCUCGAUUGGCUGAUCCAUGUUCACGUCGACAGCUAUGUGAUUAUGGAGAAUCUGCGAUACAAUCUGGCCAAAUACAAGCCCACUGAGGAGAUUUACUUGAGAGCAUUUCAUGCUAUGUAUCCCUAUGCUCAUGUUGGCCAAAAAGACUCCACUGAUUACGUGUUGAGUCGGGGCGCUUUAGAGCAGCUGCUCGCAAGGAAUUGCUUCUCAACUGCAAGCUGGCAAGAUUGUCUGGCUAACACGAAACAGGGGCCAAGUGAGCUAUUGUUUCCAUUUCAAAUUCCAGGUGAAGUGCUUCCCUUCAAGUUGCGCUCUGAGUUUUGGAAUUGGCCAUACAUCCAUCGGGCAGUUUACACUGAGCAGGGUUUCAACAAACCUUUGAAGUAUCCAAUUGCCUUUCCUUACACCACUGCGAAUCAGUUGCAUGUUCUUGAGUAUUUGCUUUAUCAUCUGCGUCCCUAUGGACACGUCAAUGGAAUGCCAGCUUUACCAGAAGGAUCAGCAGUGCAAAUUCCAGCUGUAGUUGUGGAUGACAGUGUGGCCAAAGAACUCUUCAAGGAGGUACGCAUUAUCUGCAUGGUGUUGACCUAUCCCCACAUGUACGAGAAGGUAGCAAGAACAAUCAGACAAACCUGGGGACGUCGAUGCAAUAAACUAAUCAUUUUUAGCAGUCGCAAUCAAACGAGCCUAGAUGGAGUGCACACAGUGGCCCUAAAUGUCAGCGAGGGCUAUAGUCUAUUGUGGGGCAAGACGAAGGCAGCCUUCAGACAUGUCUACAGGCAUCAUCGCAAUGAAGCGGACUGGUUCUUCAAGGCCGACGACGAUACUUAUGCCAUUAUAGAUAAUAUGCGCUACAUGUUGCAUUCCCAUCAUAAAGAAGAGCCCAUUUACUUUGGCUGCCACUUUCAUCCCAAUAAGGAUGAGAACUAUAUGUCAGGAGGUGCAGGUUACGUGCUCAGCAGAGAAGCCCUACGUCGGCUCAUUGAGCAUGGCCUGCAUUCAAGUGGCUGCAAUCGUCAGCAGUCCGGCACUGAGGACUUUGAAAUGGGGGUUUGCCUUAACUACUGUGGCAUAACUCCCGCAGAUUCCAGAGAUUCUUAUGGUCGCCAUCGCUUCAUGCCGCUGUCGUUAGAGCACAUUAUGAUUCCAGGACGAUUGCAUUAUGAUUUCUGGUUAUAUUAUUACCUAAACUACAAACUUAAAAAGGGCUUGGAGUGCUGUUCCACCUAUGCCAUAACUAUUCAUUAUGUCAUGCACUAUCAGAUGUAUUUAUUUGACUUUCUGAUCUACAAUAUGCGUCCAUACGGAAUUAUUGAGGGACAUGAACCUCUUGCAGUUGCGCUUGAUAAUCUUAAAUUGUAGAUAUGUACAAUAGUUUUGGAAUUAUCUUAUCUAUUGCUCUGGUUGCUUUAUUAUUCAAAUGAGAAUCAUUUCACGAUUGUAAAUGUUCAU